AUGGAGGAGACGGCGUUACACCGUUUCUGUGGUUCGCCUUUUUGGGAUAACAACUUAACAUGGUACACGGAUACACCAGACUUGACAUCCUGUUUUGAAAAGACUGUGUUUGUGUGGACUCCUUGCAUAUUCCUGUGGGUGUUUUCAAGUAUUGACAUCUAUUAUAUUUUCAAUAGUAAAACAAGGGACAUUCCAUGGAACUGGAGAAAUAUCACCAAAUUAGCAAUUCUGGGUUUGCUGUUCACAGUUUGCUUGAUAGAUUUUUGUUAUGGCCUUUAUUGGUGGAACGAUAUCUUUCCUGUUGAUAUUUAUACGCCUCUCAUUAAAUUAGUUUCUUUAGCACUAUGCAGCAUUUUAGUAUUUUUUCAUCGAAAAUAUGGAGUCCAAUCAUCUGGACUACUAUUUAUAUUUUGGUUUCUUAUAUGUGUACUGGGUCUUUCACAAUUCCACACAGAUCUUACAGGAUACCUCUCAAGGGAGGGAAAUGAUAUGCCGAGAGUAACUUACUUUUUAUACUAUUGCUUAUCUGUAAUCAUGUUCUUACUUCAAUGGAUAUCAGAUCUUCCUCCGAAGGUAUCUCAGUAUCCUGCUGUAAAGAAUCCUUGUCCAGAAACAUCAGCUUCCUUUCCUUCUAGAAUUACGUUUUCUUGGUUCAAUAGUUUAGCAUUUUUAGGCUUUAAAAGGCCUCUUGUGAGAAGUGAUCUCUGGACGAUGAAACAUCAGGACAUGGCUUCAGAGAUAUAUCCAAUAUUUGACAAAUACUGGUGUGAGACAAUUAAAAAGAAUAAUAAAACUUAUAAAGAUGAUUCUGCAAAAUUUCGGAAAAGUGUGAAUAGUGUUGAUAUUACUGGAACUGGAAAAACUAAAUCUAAGCCUUCUUCUAUUUUACCAGCUCUCAUCAAAGCAUUUGGUCCAUCGUUUUUGUUAGGUGCCAGCUUGAAACUAAUGCAAGAUCUUUUAGUUUUCAUCAGCCCCGAGCUUUUGAAGUACUUGAUUUCUUUUGUAGCAAAUCCUGAAGAACCCCAGUGGCGUGGAUAUUUUUAUGCAGCGAUUCUUUUAAUUGUUGCCACUAUGCAAACUCUUUUAUUAUCACAAUAUUUUAAUAUAAUGAUGAUGGUUGGACUUCGAAUUCGAACCGCUCUUACAGCAGCUAUCUACAGAAAGGCCCUUAAACUUUCAAAUGCAGCUCGCAAAGAAUCUACAUUAGGUGAAAUUGUAAAUUUAAUGUCAGUGGAUGCUGAAAGAUUCAAAGAUUUAGUGGUGUAUUUAAAUAUGAUAUGGUCUGCACCAUUACAAAUCACAUUAGCCUUAGUAUUUCUUUGGCGAACUUUAGGCCCAUGUGUGCUUGCUGGUUUGGCAGUUAUGAUAAUUAUGAUUCCUAUUAACGGCUUCAUAGCCAAUAGGGUGAAAGAUUUACAGCUGAAGCAAAUGAAAAACAAAGAUGAAAGGGUUAAAAUGAUGAAUGAAAUCCUCUCUGGAAUCAAAGUAUUAAAGUUAUAUGCAUGGGAACCAAGUUUUGAACAAAGAGUUUUAAAAAUAAGAGAAAAGGAAAUAAAUGUAUUGAAACAGUCAGCAUAUUUGAAUGCAACAACUUCGUUUAUUUGGUCAUGUGCUCCAUUUUUGGUUUCUCUUGUAACAUUUACAACUUACGUUCUCAUCGAUGAAAACAAUGUUUUGGACUCAUCAAAGGCUUUUGUUUCAUUAUCUCUGUUCAAUAUUUUGCGGUUUCCUCUGUCAAUGCUUCCAAUGAUGAUUUCAAAUGCAAUUCAAACAAGUGUUUCUGUGAAACGUAUCAACAAAUUUAUGAACAGUGAAGAAUUGGAUCCUGAAGCAGUUAGACAUGAUGACAAAGAUGAAGACCCUCUUGUGAUGGAAAAUGGUACAUUCUCAUGGAGCGCUGGUGAAGAACCAAUUCUUCAUGAUCUUAGUUUAAGAAUAAAACCUGGUUCACUUGUUGCUGUAGUUGGUGCUGUUGGUUCAGGGAAAUCUUCUUUGUUAUCUGCUUUUCUCGGAGAAAUGUACAAGCAUUCUGGGAAAGUCAACACAAAAGGUUCAAUUGCAUAUGUUCCUCAAAUCGCAUGGAUUCAAAAUUGUACACUCCAAGACAACAUACUAUUUGGAAGAAAUCUUGACAGAAAAUCAUAUCAGAAAGUUGUUGAUGCUUGCGCUUUAAAACAAGAUUUAGAAAUGCUUCCCGGAGGAGACCAGACAGAAAUAGGAGAAAAGGGAAUUAACUUGAGUGGUGGUCAGAAGCAAAGAGUCAGCCUUGCAAGAGCUGUCUAUUCAGAUUGUGAUGUUUAUUUCCUCGAUGAUCCUCUGAGUGCUGUUGAUAGCCACGUCGGUAAACACAUCUUUGAAAAUGUUAUUGGUUCUCAAGGAAUUCUGAGGAAAAAAACUCGACUGUUCGUAACUCAUAGUAUUACAUUUCUAUCAGAAGUCGAUCUUAUUGUUGUGCUGAAAAAUGGAAAUAUUUCUGAAAUUGGAACUUACCGUGAACUGCUCGACAGGAAAGGAGCAUUCAGUGAAUUCUUAACAGCACACUUGCAAGAUAUUGAUAAUAAUGAAUUGGAAGACUUGGAUAAUAAUUUGAUGGAAAAGAUUGUAAACAGUAACCCUGAACUUCAACGCCAGCUUAGUCGGCAAAGGUCUGUUAGUGAAACAAGUUCAAUUUCAUCACUGAAUAAAAGAAAACUUUCUGAUGCUACUCAGAAUAAUAUAGAUGCAGUGCCUAAUAAAGGUGAAAAAUUAAUUGAAGAAGAAAAGGCUGAAGUGGGUGGGGUUAAAAUGGAGGUCUAUGGUAAUUAUCUACGUGCUAUUGGACCUUUCCUGUGUGUAGCGACUGUUGUGCUUAACAUUGUCUUCCAAGGUUUCUCUGUCGGAUCUAAUUUUUGGCUUUCUGUAUGGUCCAAUGAUAGAGAAUUUUCGCUCAAUAAUACACAGGAUACAAGUAAGAGAGACAUGUAUCUAGAAGUCUAUGGACUGUUGGGAAUCGGACAGAGUAUUACUUCUUAUGGUAGCGACUUAAUACCUCGGAUAGGUUGCUGGGCAGCUGCACGUGUUCUGCACAACAGUCUCCUUUAUGGAAUGUUAAGAGUCCCGUUGUCUUUCAAUGAUGUAACACCAAUAGGCCGCAUACUUUUACGUUUUUCAAAAGAUAUUGAUGUCAUGGACAACACAUUACCUGCUCAAUUUAGUGACUUACUGUAUUGUGGUUUUGAUGUUAUAGGAACAUUGUUUGUCAUAAGCUAUUCAACCCCUAUAUUCAUUUGUGUUAUCGUACCUAUUGGAUUCAUUUACUACUUCAUACAGAGAUUCUAUGUGGCUACUUCUCGGCAGUUGAAAAGAUUGGAGUCUGUUUCUAGAUCACCAAUUUAUUCCCACUUUGGUGAAAGUGUUUCAGGUGCUUCACUCAUUAGAGCUUAUAGUGCUCAGGAAAGGUUUAUUAGAGAAUCUGAAGAGAAAGUAGAUUCCAACCAAGUGUGUACGUACCCAGGUAUCAUUGCAAAUAGGUGGCUUGCUAUAAGACUUGAAAUGGUUGGUAAUUUAAUAAUAUUUUUCUCUGCCUUGUUCGCUGUAUUUGGUAGAGACUCCCUAACCCCGGGUCUUGUUGGUCUUUCAGUCAGUUAUGCUCUACAAAUCACACAAACACUUAAUUGGUUGGUUAGAAUGACUGCGGAUGUCGAAACCAACAUUGUUGCAGUAGAAAGGAUCAAGGAAUAUGCUGAUACACCCCAGGAAGCUCCUUGGGAGAUCACUCCUAGCUUGGCUGGAUCAGAAUGGCCUGACUCGGGUAAAGUUGAAUUUGUGGACUUUAAAGUUCGAUACAGGGAAGGACUUGAUUUAGUUCUUAAAGGUCUCAAAUUUGAAAUCUCUGGUGGUGAAAAGGUUGGUAUCGUCGGGCGGACUGGAGCUGGUAAAUCUUCGCUAACCCUAAGUCUCUUCAGAAUAAUUGAAUCAGCUGACGGAAAGAUCAUGAUUGAUGGUAUUGAUAUUUCCAAAUUGGGCCUCCAUGCCUUGAGAUCUCGUCUUACUAUCAUUCCUCAGGAUCCUGUAUUAUUUUCUGGAACAAUGCGAAUGAAUUUGGAUCCAUUCUCUCAUUUCAAUGAUGAACAAGUGUGGCGGGCACUUGAGCUUGCCCAUCUUAAAUCUUUCGUAAAAGGGCUUCCUGCAGGUUUGCAACAUGAAGUUUCUGAGGGAGGAGAUAACCUGAGUGUUGGUCAACGCCAGCUUAUCUGUCUUGCUCGUGCUCUUCUUCGUAAAACUAAAGUCUUGAUAUUAGAUGAGGCAACAGCUGCUGUUGAUUUAGAAACUGAUGAUCUUAUACAGAAAACUAUAAGGAGUGAGUUUGCAUCGUGUACCGUCCUCACUAUCGCGCACAGGAUAAACACUAUCAUGGACUCUGACAGAGUCUUGGUAUUAGAUCGUGGAGUCGUUGUUGAGUUCGAUCCUCCACAUGUACUUAUGAAGAACAGGUCCUCUAUUUUCUAUGGCAUGGCUCAUGAUGCUGGGCUGGUUUAACAAUAUGUGUCUGCAUUGUAAAUCAGAAUGAUUGUUGAUAAAAAAUCUCUUAUUCACGUCUCUCUGCAUUCCUACUGUGUUGCUGGUACAAACAGCCCCACAUCACCAAAUUGAUAUUAUUUUGAAUGACCCUGUCUUUCACAAAAUGUGUCUUAAGCAAAAGUUUUUCAUUUAUAUUUUUUCUGCAUAAAUAUCUUAGUUGUCAUUGAAGGAGAGAUGCAUAAAGAAGAUAACUCGGAAGCUUCAAGAGAUUUUUUUAUAACUUCUCAAGCUUUAAGAAAAGAGAGAAACUUUAAACUGCCUUAGUUUUAGUUAAGAAUGGAUGUUAUGAGGGUGCUAUUUUAAGACAUGGCUAUUUUCAGAUCUAUGUCGUUGUACUUAUACUGUUUCAUUGAUACGUCAAAAAUCAAGAAUUUUUUAAGAAAAUAAAUAAGUCAAUUUAGCAUUAAUUUACUUUCAUGUCUUUAUAAGAAAAAAAAAUUGUUGUUAUCUUAAUCAUUGUUGGUUCUACCUCAUAAUGUUUCUGUUCCUUUUUGUAUUUUUUAGUAUUAUUUUGUAUUUUUAAUAAAACAAAUUGUUUCUACUUUUAUUUCUUGUUUCUGUUACUUAAAAGCAUCACAUGUUUAGUUGAGUAAAAGUACUUAGAUCAUUUAAUUUGUACUUAGUAAAUCACUUAAUUUAUAAGUCUUCUUGAGUGUUAAAUUAUAUAUAUUGUAAUAAAUACACAGAUUUAUUUAAAAA